AGAGAGAGAAAAGUGGGAGAGAGAGGGGUUUUAAGAAUUGGCCCCGCCUCGUUUGACUCCGUCUUUAUUCCCUGUUUCUCGUACGGAGGGCCAGAUAGAGCAUCAGAGAUCAGGGCACGAGGAGGAGACACGCGGCGAACGCACCGAAUCAUGGCCACAUCAGACACGGCACCGCAGCAGAUCCUUCAGUCCGAACCCCGCGCACUGAGUUUGAUAUCACGGCUGACCGGCACCGGAACCGAGUUGACCGAGAGCACGGCAGAUCCGCGAGCAGAAUGAGGGUGAUUUAUAUCCAGAACGCCGGCGCGGUCGCUGCUUUCUCGGUCGAGACACGGAACGAUUAUCUGCGGUAGAUUGAAACAAAGGAAUAACGGUGAAGAAAUGAUCGAACGCGUCACGGCAACGAGAACACGUCACGAUGGAAUAGCACACGUCAUAGAAUAAAAUAGCGUCAUAAUAGAAUAGCACGCGUUGUAAUUGUGAAUGAUACAUUGUAGCAUUUUAUAAGUGCCAUACGUGUUCAAAUGGGUUGUUUUCAUGUUAAUAAUGUGACCUGUAGAGUAUGUUUAGUCCGUUUAUAUCCAUACUGACCCUGUUUUAUCGUUCAUAACUAGACUAGACUAUUAUUAUUGUUUUUAGAUAGCCUACCGUAGCCGGCUAUAGGUAGAAUAGACACCUCAUUAAAAUAUGAGUCAUUAUUGACAAUCAUAAAUUAGCUGAUAUGUUAACAUAAUUAAACGUCGUCUUGUAAUUUAUUUAUUUAUUUAUUAUAUACUAAUUAGUUUUAUUACUGUUAUUAUCAAAAGCAUUUAGUCAAGGUAUUUAAACGUAGAGGGAAGUGUUACAUGUCAGCCUCCGGGGUGAUGGAGACACAAAGGUCGGGUGCGGGUGACCCGUCGGGCCCCUCGGCGGAGGCCCCCGAAGGCCCCGGCGGGGUCCGACGCAGCAGCUCCGGUGUAAAGAAACAUCAUCACAAACACAACCUCAAGCACCGCUACGAGCUGCUGGAGACCCUGGGUAGAGGAACGUACGGGAAAGUCAAGAAGGCCAUCGAGCGCCAUUCUGGAAGAGAGGUUGCCAUCAAGUCCAUCAGGAAGGAGAAGAUAAAGGAUGAACAGGACAUGGUUCACAUUCGACGAGAGAUUGAAAUCAUGUCAUCUCUUCGUCACCCACAUAUCAUCUCUAUAUAUGAAGUGUUUGAAAAUAAAGACAAGAUUGUGAUCGUCAUGGAAUACGCCAGUAAAGGCGAACUCUACGACUACAUCAGCGAACGCCGCCGUCUGACGGAGAGAGAAACCAGACACUUCUUUAGACAGAUUGUGUCUGCUGUGCACUACUGCCACAAGAAUGGUGUUGUUCACCGAGACCUGAAACUGGAGAAUGUGCUACUGGAUGAAAACUGUAACAUUAAGAUUGCUGAUUUUGGCCUUUCCAACCUGUACCAUAAAGACAAGCUUCUGCAGACCUUCUGUGGUAGUCCACUGUACGCAUCUCCAGAGAUUGUCAAUGGAAGACCUUACCGUGGUCCAGAGGUGGAUAGCUGGGCUCUGGGGGUGUUGCUGUAUACGCUAGUCUAUGGCAGUAUGCCGUUUGAUGGAGGAGACCACAAAAAUCUAAUUCGGCAAAUCAGCAACGGGGAGUAUCGUGAACCGACUCAGUCAUCAGAUGCUCGAGGUCUGAUCCGCUGGAUGCUGAUGGUCAACCCUGAGCGUCGGGCCACAGUGGAAGACAUUGCAAAUCACUGGUGGGUAAACUGGGGAUGGAAGACUAGCGUGUGUGACUGUGAAUCGCAAAGAGAUGCUGGCUCACCCAUGUUGGCCCGUCUCAUCGACUGGCAGAACCGGACCGAGCCCCGUCCAACCAAAGCCGUCCGGUCCGAGCCAUUCCUACUGGUCCGUCAACGGCCCAAAAAAUCCAAGAAAGAGAACGAUGUUGGAGUUUCCUGCUGUAAUGGCGAGGAAAGCUUGGGCCUGAAGAGACCGAAGAGCAUCUUGAAGACAAGACUAUCUGAUGAGCAACACUCCCCAAGUAUGGACGACAUAGAGUUGGUGUCCGGUGCGGAAACCCCAGAGAAGGAAACUGGGCUUGAAGCUGAUGAAGGUGAGGAGGAGCCAACACUAACAGGCAACUCCCCUAGUAAGAUGAUCUCCGUUUUUCCAAAGAAGGGGAUCCUAAAGAACAACCAACAACGGGAAUCAGGGUACUAUUCAUCCCCGGAGCGCAGUGAGUCCUCUGAUCUGCUAGGUGGCAACAUCACACCCCUUGGAUCUAGCUCACCACCAAAACGAGCGGUUGGUAGGAAAGGCAUCUUGAAGCGCAAUGGGAAGUAUUCUACAUACAGUGGAGCUCCUCCCAUGAGUGUCCUGGGAGAGCCAGCACCUGGCGAUUCCGGUUUAUCCCGCAGUCAGAGUCGCCCUUCCAGCAUCGUGAGGCAGGAUAGUGACAACAUCACCAACAGCCCCUUCAGCGCCACUGACUGGCCCCCACCCAUCACCCGGCCCAAAAUCAGAAGCUGUGUGUCUGCAGAAAACCUUCUUCAGCUUGCUAACUUCAAAGGGCUCCAGGCAGCUCCACCACUGCAUAGUGGAAAAUUUGGCAGAGGGGCACAGCGGUCCCCUGGGGAUAACAGCAGCUUUUCUCUGUUAGGAGACCUGGAUGAUAUGACUCAGGUGUACCAACAAGCCCUGGACAUCAGCAACAACCUGUCAUAGAGAGAAAGGGGCCAACUGAGUGGUGCCUAGAAGGAAAGAUGCUGGAACAAGUGGGAGGUGUUUGUUUGGCAUGUUGUUGACGACCAGUGUAACACUGGGAUUCUAUGAAUGUGAGUCAUUUAUUUGAUGGGAUGAUAUUGGAGGUUGUACACAACCAUUACCCUAACCUGAACUCCUGGCCCCUAACCACUAACCCUACCAUACCCUGCCCUAUCCUGCCCAUAACCCUACCCUAUCCCAUACACAGUUUUUAAGCGUUUCAAGCAAGUAAAAUUUCAGUCGGUACUUUGGGACAUUAUCUCCCCUAUAGGCAAGAGGUGAAAUUAAAUGUUUACAUAUUAAAUGAAAGGUGAGUUAGCAUUACAGAAGACAUCAUGGAACGGCCUUGAUGAGACAACAAUAAGAGCCAACCUGAGUUUAUAAAGCACCUUAAAACUCACAGAGCACAUUUCGUAUUGUGGUCUUUACUUUCAAACCAAGAAACCAGGGUCUUGCUCCAAAAGAACUGUUUUUGUUUAUUAUUUAUUAAUAUUUUUUGUAGAUUUAGUGAUACAAAACUGGUGUGGUCUGGCAGUACUGGAAUAACA